AUGAAGCGCAAUUUUGUCGCUCUACCGCAGAGGCUUGCCAAAUCACCAACAUACGGCAAUCUGCUCAGACGAGCUAGCCCUCCGCAACGUCGAAAUAAGACCACAGGCGCCCAGCUGUUGAAGAGUUGGCCGUCAGAUUAUCGACGAUUCCUGUUUAUCGGAGCAGCAACGACAAUCUCCCUCUUCGCUGGGUUCACCAUCACCAGAGAAACCCGACUAGCCCAUGCCGAGCAACCUUUAGAAGUUGAGUCGACAUCCGCCAAAACUUCGACAUGCUCGCUCUCGUCCAUGCCCACGAUAAUCUAUGAUAAAUCUGCAGAGAACCUCAACAAUGCUGUAGCAGAGUUUUUGAACCUGUUAGGCCCACAGCGAGUUGAUCUGAACCUGGGUGCACGAAUAUCCCAUUCCAGUACCGAGUGGUCUCCAGCUCCACGAGGCGAACUCGAUCGUUUCGACAUUAUCGUCAGCCCAAGCACCACCGAAGAAGUCAGUGCUAUCACAAAGAUCUGCUCUAGACGCCGAAUCCCUAUGACCGCGUUCUCUGGCGGUACAAGUCUGGAAGGGACACUAGCGGCAACGCAAGGCGGUGUGUGCAUUGAUUUCAAGCUGAUGAACAAGAUCAUCGCUAUACGAAAGAACGACCUUGAUGUGACCGUCCAGCCAGGAGUUGGCUAUAUAGACCUAAACCAAAGGCUGGCAGAACAAGGGCUGUUCUUUCCACCCGAUCCGGGACCUGGAGCUCAGAUCGGUGGCAUGAUUGCGCAAGGCUGCAGUGGUACCAAUGCUUUUAGAUACGGAACGAUGAAAGACUGGGUCCUCGGCCUCACCCUUGUCCUCGCGGACGGUUCAAUUGUCAAAACUCGAGGUAGACCUAGAAAGUCAAGUGCAGGUUAUGACCUGACCAGGUUGAUCGUUGGCUCAGAAGGUACACUUGCCUUUGUGACAGAAGCUAAUUUGAAACUCACAAGCAAGCCGCAAAACGAACGCGUUGCGUUGGCGGCAUUCCCGAGCACUUCAAAAGCUGUAGAGACAGUCGUUAAAGUCGUCCAAAGCGAUAUGCCCAUCGCUGCAUUGGAACUACUGGACGGCACUUCAAUGCGAGCAGUGAAUCAAGGUGGGUACUGCGACAAAGAGUACCCUGAAGUUCCGACUCUGUUUCUUAAGUUCGCGGGGCAUGAUAAGGCGGCUGUCGAUCAACAGAUUAAAUCAGUUCAGGAGUUUGCCCGACAAUCGGGAUGUCAAGCUUUCGAAUUCUCGAAUACCUCCGAAGAGGCAGAUGCUAUCUGGAUGGCACGAAAGACACUUCUCUGGAGCAUGCUCACUUUGAAGAACGAUCCAUCUGACAUAUUCCUGAGCGCUGACACGGCUGUGCCCAUCUCACAGAUGGGAACGGCUAUGGAUGCGGUAAAGCAAAAGAUUACUGAAAGCGGAUUUGUAGGGGCUUGUCUUGGACACGUCGGAGAUGGUAACUUUCACACCGCUGUGAUAUGCCCGCCAGAGCACAAGCAUCAAGCCCGCCAAAUCAUUACUUGGGCCCAGCGUCUGGCAAUCGACAUGGAUGGGACCGUGACGGGAGAGCAUGGCAUUGGCCUCGAGUUCCGUGACGCCAUGGUGGAAGAGAUUGGUGAAAAUGGUGUUGAUAUGAUGAGGCAGAUCAAACUGGCUCUCGAUCCGCUGUGCCUCCUGAACCCCGAUAAGUUAUUCAGACUGAAGAUUGAUAACUCGGGUGAGCAGUGA